GGCGCGACUAGUCGCCCGGAGAAUUCAGGUCGUCCGUUCGUCGCCCGGUGCAUCAUCAUGGUCCUUCACGAGAAGCAGAUUCGAAUCUUGAAAUUGUUCAAGCACCUUAGUUUGGCCACUAUAGACGGAGGAGUGCCCCGUGACCAGAGGGACCCCCGGUUGGCCAAUUUGGCUUUCACUGUCCGACCUGGAGAGAUUUUCUCCUGCUUCCAUCCCGACCACCUAGAAGAUGCUCGUCACCUCUACGAAAUCUUCUACGAGGCCAAGGACUUCGACGACUUCGUGCACCUGGCCGAACAGGCUCGUACCUUUGUUAAUGAAGGUCUAUUUGCCUUUGCUGCCGAAGUGGCAAUUCUCUACAGACCCGACUGUAAAGGCUUAAGCGUGCCUCCUAUCCAGCAAAUCUUUCCGGAGCGAUUCGUGUCUUCUGCUACCUUAGCUGAGAUCAUCACAAAGGCUUCUACUAAACAUGCGGGCGACGAGUCCCCUAUUGUGGUAGACGUUAAAGAAACUGGAAAUAUCUUGGAUCCAGAAUAUAACCUUGCUUAUUACCGAGAAGACGUUGGUAUCAAUGCCCAUCACUGGCACUGGCAUCUGGUCUAUCCUGCUACAUGGAACGCCUCAUAUUUUGGCAAAGAGAAAGACCGAAAGGGAGAACUUUUCUAUUAUAUGCAUCAACAGAUGUGUGCCAGAUACGAUUGCGAACGAUUAUCUAAUGGCCUACAACGAAUGAUACCCUUCCACAAUUUCGAAGAAGAGUUAGAAGGUUAUGCUCCUCACCUCUCUCAUUUAUCUAGUGGAAGAUAUUAUGCAGCUCGACCUGCUGGACUUAGAUUGUCUGAUUUGAAGGAUGUUGACGUUCAGGAAAUGGAAAGAUGGCGUGAAAGAAUUAUGGAUGCUAUUCACUUGGGCUACAUCGUCGACUCAGAAAACAAGGAAAUAGCUUUGGACGAAGAACACGGCGCUGAUAUCUUGGGCGACAUCAUUGAAUCAAGUUACGAAUCAAAGAAUCGCGUUUUCUACGGUAGCCUGCACAACAUGGGUCAUGUAAUGAUGGCCCGUAUCCACGAUCCCGAUGGAAGAUUCAGAGAAACUCUAGGAGUAAUGAGUGAUACUUCUACUUCCUUGAGAGAUCCUAUUUUCUAUCGUUGGCACAGAUUUAUUGACAACAUCUUUCAAGAAUAUAAAGCUACAUUACCCAUUUACACCAAAGAACAGCUGAGCUUCCCAGGAGUAGAAGUAACCGAUAUCCGAGUCAAUGCCAGAACUCCUAAUGUCAUCGAUACAUUCAUGUUGAGAGAUGAGUUGGAAAUGUCGCACGGUUUUGUCUUCGGAUCUGAUGGUUCAUACAAGGCACGUUACCAACAUUUAGACCACGAGCACUUCUCUUACACCAUCCACGUGCAGAGUACUCUGCCAGCCAAGAAGGAAGCAACAGUUCGUAUCUUUUUAGCACCCAAAUAUGACGAAUUAGGUAAUAUUAUUCCACCCAACAUACUUCGUCGAUUAUGCAUCGAAAUGGACAAGUUCAAGACCGAAUUGACACCCGGCAUCAACACUGUCGUGAGGAAUUCAGUCGACUCCAGCGUGGCCUUAUCUCGAGAAUACACAUUCGAAGAGCUAGAGAGAGGUGACGGUAUCACCGAGGACCGCACAGAAUACUGUAGUUGCGGUUGGCCCCAGCAUCUGCUAGUGCCAAAGGGCAACGCUAAGGGCAUGAUCUUCUAUUUAUUCGUUAUGCUGACAGACAGAGAUCACGAUAAGGUAGUGGACGGAGCAGGAGAUCACUCCAUCUGUUCGGAUGCGGUUAGUUAUUGUGGAGCCAAGGACGACAAAUAUCCCGACAAAAAGUCUAUGGGUUUCCCCUUCGACCGUCCUCUUCCUUUCGAGACAGUAGAAGAAUUCCUGACCACAAACAUGCACAUACAAGAGAUCACCGUCAAGUUCCACCCGUAAAUGCAGCAGCACUGAAAAUAACGGAGAGAAUUUAUACACAUUUCGACUUCUAACCUUGUAAAGAAUAAAAUUCAAUUCCUUCCUUA